AUGACGAGGUCUCUGUACGACCGCAUCUGGCUUCGGGAGGCCGGUGGAGGCUCGACGAAGGCCAAUAUUCGCGGCAUCUACGGUUCAAAGGAAUGGGUCAACGAUCUGGACAUUGUCAAUGAGUUGGGGGGCCAUACCGGCUGUGUGAAUGCGUUGAGCUGGUCGCGAUCUGGUCGCCUUCUCGCGUCGGGGUCGGAUGAUUUUCACUUGAAUAUAUACUCGUACCAGCCAGACUCGUCCACUGCACCGUUUGCACUAAACACCAGCGUCUUCACCGGUCACACAGGGAAUAUUUUCUCUGUCGCAUUUAUGCCGCACUCAAAUGACCAGACUCUUGUGACUGCUGCUGGUGAUAGCCAGGUACGAGUUUUUGAUAUCGAGUAUUCCAGCAGCCGGAAUGGCUCGCAGGGGAUACCGCCAGCGUUCGCCAAUCAAGCAAGAAACCCGCAUUUGAACCGGUUUUUCGGCAAUACGCGCUAUCUUGGUGUAGGAAACACUAACGCCCGCAUUUAUCGAAGCCAUGCGGACCGCGUCAAGCGCAUCGUGACGGAGUCGUCUCCAUAUCUCUUCCUGACUUGCUCUGAGGACGGGGAAGUUCGCCAGUGGGAUCUGCGUCUGCCUUCCUCUGCGUACCCCAAACCCCGUGGCGGCCUUCUGUACAUGACGCAGCGCGUAGGAGAAGGGCACGAUGACUCGAAUGUUCCCCCGCCACUGAUCUCGUACAAGCGGCACAGGAUCGAUCUGAACACCAUAUCAUGCUCUCCGAGCCAGCCGCAUUACAUUGCUUUGGGCGGGGCCCACCUGCAUUGCUUCCUUCAUGACAGACGUAUGUUAGGUCGAGACAUGACCGCUGAACGGGGUGAUCCCGGUACAUCCCCUGGCAUAGGAAGCGGCUAUGAUGAGGAGCUAAUGGGCCAGGCGACGCGGUGUGUCAGAAGGUUUGCGCCGAACGGCAAGACACGGACCAAGUCACGUUAUAAAGGCCACAUCACAGCGUGUAAAAUCAGUAAUGCCAAUCCCAAUGAGAUGAUUGUGAGCUGGUCUGGCGACCACAUUUACAGUUUCGACUUGGUCCGAAGUCCUGACGCACUAAGUACCCAGGAGCAACAGUCAUCUGUGCAAGGUCAAUCUAGCUCACGUAAGAGACGGAGCUCCAAGGACAGAAAGCGUAAGCGCCAACCUAGGACCUCGCAGUCCUCGCAGUCAUCCCAAUCCAGUGGCGGUAGACGCAGAUCAGCCCGCCGAAGUGAAGAAACUCACGGAGAAGGGGAGUUAGCAGUUCGAGUCCGGUAUGGCAAUGGCGAAACGGAGGACAUACCAUUUCCUUCCUUGUUACACGAAGGUUCCACUGCGUCCGCCGUGGCUUCGGCGGAGGCAAUGGAACAGGCGAGAUACUCCGUGCUCAAUGAGGUUCAAAGGCAAAGUUUGAGAAUUGCCAAGGGCCUUGUCAAGCUCAGGAAGGCUCUCUUCUCCCUCGAAGCUUCGGCCCGUGAACAUGCUAAUAUGGCAACUCCAUUCUCUGUCGUGGCCUUCCACGACUCCUUCUCUUCCGCAUUGAUGCUGGCACUGACCUUCUUACCUCAGAUGGAAGAGAUCAUGAGGACCUGGAGAUACCCCCUCAAUCCCACCCCUGAAAUCGUGCGAGUGCAGCAGACGCUGCGACGUAAUAGGGAGUCAGCUUACAGGUUUGUGCAGGCCGCCGGCACACUUGCGCGGGCUCUAGGUGGGGACGUGCAGGAUUACGGAGUGGACGACGAUGUUCUCGAGAAAUUCCAACAGAUCGGACCUGCUCCGGGGGAGGAUAAUGUCAUUGGACGCAGGGAGCAAUUCGGGUACGAUUUUUUGAAAGCGCUGAUACUGUUCGCCGAGGGAGGCCGCAGUGCUGUCCUCGCCGGCUUCAAGCGUAGCGCCGCCCAUGGCCGGAACCGAGACCGGUUUCCUAUACCUCAGUUCGCGACCGAAGGUGCUCUGGAGGCAGUACUUAUUCCGUACUUGCAUGAUCUUGCGGAUGAUAGUCUCGUGGUAAAUGUUGAUAGUUCCAGGUUCGAGCAUGACGAGACCCGUAUUCUUUUCCCCAGCCAGAAAGCAGCGGUAGAUGCAUUCGAAAACGCCUUGAGAAGCGCGAUUCCAAAUGACACUGCGAGCGGGACAGAAGCCGGGGAAGGUUGUGCCAAUGGGGCAGAUGGGACGAAUAGGCUGGGUGGAUCUGAUUCUAGUGCCACUGAUCCAGCUACGUCAACAACCCACUUCUGGCUUCUUUCAGUUGGUCGUGGGAUUCUGAUGGACGCGGGAACUGGCGUGAACUUUGAGUUUGUCAACCGCUCAUACGGUGGUCUCAAUGCUACUGUCGAGGAUGAUUCGGAUGAGGAGAUAGAGGUAGAACGAUCGCAAGAUGACACGGAGGCGAACGUUGAAGAAGAGGCUAUUCAGGAUAUUAGCCUGGCCAUCAACCGAGGAUCUAGUCAGCAGAGUCAUCGUGCCAGAUCGGAUGAGAUACCGGAAUCCCAGACACCCAUGAGCACCGAUACGGGAAGUGAAAUGGAGAACUUUGGGAUUGCCGUUGCCUCCAGCUCCUCGGAUGAGCAUGAAAAUGAUGAAGAUGAUGACGACGACGACGAUGAAGACAUGGACGACAGUUCAGAAUCAGAUGCUGCAGAGCGCCUGUUCCGGAGUUACGGCUUCGAAAGAAGCGGACGAGAGGACGUGGAGAACCAUGUUCCGUGCUCAUCGCACACAAGGGUCUAUCGCGGACACUGCAACGUCAAAACAGUAAAGGACGCGAAUUUCUUCGGAUUAAACGACGAGUAUGUGGUGAGCGGGAGCGACUCAGGUCACUUAUUCAUCUGGGAGCGAGACACCUGCAAGCUUGUGAAUAUCCUUAAAGGGGACGAUGAAGUAGUCAAUGUCGUGCAAGGACAUCCUUACGAGCCUACCAUCGCGGCCUCGGGAAUCGACGAUACCAUCAAAAUUUUCUCGCCGGACCAGCGCGCUCAGGAGGAUGCCCGCAACGGCAUCAAUAUCCUAGACCCCAAUAACCCGGCUAACACACUGGGGGGAGGCUAUGGCGGACUGAAAAGCGCCAAAUGUAUGCACGAUAGUUAUCGGAUCAUGAGCGAGAACGACGUCCAGCGACAAGGAGGAAUGAGCGAUGCGUUUCUGACUAGACACAUGCUUGCCCAAUUCGCGGCCACUGUGCGCCAGCAACAGGGCGGGCUGGUUCCCGGCGAACAUUCGAGGAUUGUGCUCGAUGAGAACUGCAGUGUGAUGUGAUGGAGACAUCCCACUUAUCUAUCCAGAGUCAGGUCAACGUAGAAGGGAAACGGAAGCGAGAAAUCAUCACGAUCUGAUCUACCCUGCCCUCUUCCCUGCUUCACUUCUCUAAUCUCUAAUCUUCGAAUUCAGUUAGCUAUCUUUCAAAUUUCUUUAUUUCAGAAAAAGGCUAGACUGCUUUUUUAAUCUC